AUGCACAUCAGCGUCUUGCCCUGCUCCCUCUCCGUGGUCAUGGCUGCCGGCUACCAGGCCCCUGGCGCCUCCUCUCCGGACACUUAUCUGGCGCUCAAAGACGUGAGGGAGGUGAAGGAGGACACCACGCUCGACGAGAAGCUCUUUCUGCUGGCCUGCGAGAAGGGUGAUUACUACAUGGUGAAGAAACUCCUGGAGGAAAAGCGGCACGGUGAGCUUAACAUCAACUGCGUGGACGUGCUGGGCAGAGAUGCGGUCACCAUCGCUAUCGAGAACGAAAACCUGGACAUUCUGCAGCUGCUUUUGGACCACGGCUGCCAGUCAACAGAUGCACUUUUGGUGGCUAUUGACUCAGAGGUGGUGGGAGCUGUCGACAUUCUCCUCAACCACCGGCCCAGAAGGUCCUCCAAGCCCUCUAUUGCGAAACUGAUGCAGCGCAUCCAAAAUCCAGAAUAUUCCACAACCAUGGACGUGGCCCCUGUCAUUCUAGCCGCUCACAGGAACAACUACGAGAUUCUGACAAUGCUGCUGAAGCAGGACAUCUCCCUGCCUCGGCCACAUGCUGUGGGCUGUGAAUGCACCCUCUGCAACGCCAAGAACAAGAAAGACAGCCUGCGUCACUCCAGGUUUCGGCUGGAUAUCUACCGCUGCCUGGCCAGCCCAUCACUUAUCAUGCUGACGGAGGAGGACCCCAUCCUCCGAGCGUUUGAGCUCAGCGCUGACCUCAAGGAGCUCAGUCUGGUGGAGGUGGAAUUCAGGAACGAUUAUGAAGAGUUGGCCAAGCAGUGUAAGAUGUUCGCCAAGGACCUGCUGGCCCAGGCCCGGAACUCUCGCGAGCUGGAAGUCAUCCUGAACCACACGUCCAGCGAAGAUCACGUGGACAAGAGAGGACUGCUGGAGGAGCGCAUGAACCUCAGCCGGCUCAAACUGGCCAUCAGAUACAAUCAGAAGGAGUUUGUGGCGCAGUCCAACUGCCAGCAGUUCCUGAACACGGUGUGGUUCGGAGAGAUGGCGAGUUACCGCCGCAAGCACACGGGGCUGAAGAUGGUCACGGUUCUGAGCGUGGCUCUGCUGUGGCCUCUGCUGUCCGUCUGCUACCUGCUGGGGCCGCGCUCUCGCGUGGGUCAGAUCAUCCACACGCCCUUUGUCAAGUUCAUCAUCCACAGCGCCUCCUACUUCACCUUCUUGCUGCUGCUCAACCUGUACUCACUGGUCUAUAACGAGGGCAAGAAGAACACCAUGGGCCCCGCGCUGGAGCUGAUCGACUACCUGCUCAUCCUCUGGAUCGUAGGGAUGGUGUGGUCAGAUGUGAAGCGUCUCUGGUAUGAGGGCUUGGAGGACUUCCUGGAGGAGUCGAGGAACCAGCUGAGUUUUGUUAUGAAUUCUCUCUACCUGGCCACCUUCGCACUCAAAAUGGUGGCCCACAGCAAGUUUAAUAAUGUGGAAGACAUGGAGCGAAAGCACUGGGAUGCAUCUCACCCCAUUCUGGUAGCGGAGGGGCUUUUUGCCUUUGCCAACGUGCUGAGUUACCUCCGCCUUUUCUUCAUGUACACCACCAGCUCCAUCCUUGGCCCUUUACAGAUCUCUAUGGGUCAGAUGCUGCAGGAGUUCGGGAAGUUCCUCGGCCUGUUCCUACUGGUGCUCUUCUCCUUUACCAUCGGCCUGACGCAACUCUACGGAAAAGACAAGAAGGAUCCGUCCCAGAGCAAGGAUGACAGCAAAGACUGCGAAGGCAUCUUCUGCGAGCAGCAGAGCAACGACGCCUUCCACACGUUUAUGGGGACGUGUUACGCCCUGUUCUGGUAUAUCUUCUCCCUGGCCCAUGUGGCACUCUUUGUGACCAGGAUCAGCUACACGGAGGAGCUGCGUUCAUUUGUGGGAGCCCUCAUCGUUGGUACUUACAACAUUGUCGUGGUGAUCGUUCUCACCAAGCUUCUGGUGGCCAUGCUGCAUAAGAGCUUCAGACAGAUUGCGAACCAUGAGGAUAAGGAGUGGAAGUUUGCCCGGGCCAAGCUCUGGCUGAGCUACUUUGACGACAAGUGCACGUUGCCUCCACCCUUUAACAUCCUUCCAUCUCCAAAGACGCUCUGCUACCUGGUGACCAGCCUGAGCAAAUGGAUUUGCUCCCACACCUCCACGGGCAAGGUCAAGCGUCAGAACAGCCUUAAGGAGUGGCGGAACCUGAAGCAGAAGAGGGACGAGAACUACCAGAAGAUCAUGUGUUGCCUGGUGCAUCGCUACCUGACGUCCACACGGCAGAAGCUGCAAAGCACGGACCAGGCUACGGUGGAGAACCUCAACGACCUGCGACAGGACCUGUCCAAAUUUCGCAACGAGAUGAGGGACCUCCUCGGCUUUCGCACCUCCAAAUAUGCCAUGUUCUACCCCAGAAGCUAAGCUAUGCCCUGCCUCUGAAACUGACCUAGCAUGCUUGGAAACAUUUCUUCUUCUUCUUCUUAUCUUGCUUUGGAAGAUACAGGGAGACAGUGAGGUCCUGGGACUCUACUGGAAUUUUAUUAGAGUAUAUUUAUUCUACACACCAAAGCCAGAUUCAGAACUCGCGAUGUAAUAUUCUUCCAUCCCACUUGUUUUCUAAAAGCGUUGCUUGUUUUUGACUAAAAGACUGUAUUAAAGGUUUAUGAAAAAAAU